UUUAUAUUUCUUCCCUUUUCGUGUGUUUAUGAAAAGAUCUUUUAGUAACAUUUAAGACUGUAAACGCAUCAUAUCGAAAGGAAAAGAAAAGUUUAAAGUAAAAAAUAACCAGAAUGGCAAGAUCUAAAAAGAAGAUAGAGAUUUUCGCUACUCCAGAAAGCAAAGAAAAUCCAGUGAAUUUAGUUUCAAUAUCAGGACACGAAAAUAAGGCAUAUGUGAAUGACAAUACGUAUGAUAAUAUAUCAGACAGUAGUGGAGUUUCUAGCAUCGAAGAGUCUAAGAAAGAUGAUGGAAAGCCACCAGUCGUCGAUAUUGAAAGAAAAGAUAAACAUUCAGACUUUCAAAUGAAGAAAUCAUUGAAUCUUCUUCACUGCGUUGCUAUCAUGAUUGCUGUGACGGGACAUUCCUCAAUUUUUAUAUCCCCUGCUGCAAUAUUAAAGUCUGCAGGGUCUGUAGGUGCAUCGUUAAUUGUAUGGCUUGUUGGUGGACUUAUUAAUAUGAUGUUAGCGUUGUGUUUUGCCGAACUUGGAACAAUGCUACCAAAAGCUGGUGGUCCGUAUGCCUAUGUUAUGAGGACGUUUGGUCCAUUACCAGGCUUCUUAAUUUUGUGGGGAUAUGUUGUUUUAAUAGCUGGUCCGUUUUGGGCAUUUCUAUCAUACACCGCAGCUUUGUAUAUUUUCCAACCCUUCUUUCCCGACUGUGAGGCUCCAGACAAUGCAGUGAAACUUUUAGCUGGAUGGAUGAUGAUAACAUUUGUAGUCAUCAACUGUGUUUACAUGAAGUAUGUAACCAAAAUACAGACGCUGCUCUCCAGUACAAAAGUUUUAGCUCUAUUGAUAAUCAUAGCAUCAGGAAUCAUUAACUUCACACAAGGGGAAACUGAAAACUUCGAGAAUAUCUUUGAAGGGACAACUAAAGAACCAGGAGAAUUUGCUGUUGCAAUAUUUUAUUCCAUCUUCUCAUACGGUGGAUGGCAGGUAAUGACAAGUCUAAUGGAAGAAGUGAAAAAGCCAGAAAAAGAUUUGCCAAGAUCAGUUUUCAUCGCUAUGAUAGCCGUUAUAAUGAAAUAUAUCCUGGCUAAUGUGGCUUAUUUUACGCUGAUGUCACCUUCGGAAGUUGUCGCAUCUAACGCUGUUGCAUUGGUUUAUAUCCAUCGGUUUUACAAACCCUUGACUGUCGUGAUAUCCGUCUUCGUAGCUCUAACAUCCAUCGGUGCACUCAAUGCCUCCAUUAUGGGCCACUCAAGACUGAUAUUUGCUGGUGCACGUGUGGGACAUAUGCCAACUAUCUUGGGUAUGAUACAUAAGAAAUAUUUGACUCCAUGGCCAGCGAUAUUUUUGCUUUUGGCAUGGGGAUUGACCAUGCUAUACACAGGAGGAGUAACUGAUAUGAUGGAGUUUAUCAGUCUAUUUUCAACGAUAAUGGGAAUCGCUGUUGUAUCCUCAUUGUUAUACUUAAGAAUCACAAAACCCAAACUACCAAGACCGUAUCAGACCAUGCUGUUUGUGCCUGUUUCUAUGUUCAUAGUUAACAUCGCAGUGCUUGUACUAGCGAUAUACCAAAAACCUCAUAAGAUGGGUAUAGGACUAGCAAUCUUGUUUUCUGGAAUACCAAUCUACUGGUUUGGUGUGCUGUGGAAUCCUAAACCACUACCUUUUAAAGAACUCACAGAGUCUUUAACAGUCUUUAUGCAGAAGAUUCUUAUGAUUGAGAAAACGUCUUGAUGUCAUCCUUUCACUUGACAUCCGAUGCGUAACUUAAACACAGUGAAUUCAUGUUAUGGACAGUCAUAUAAAGCUUUGUAUUAAACGGAAACCAUCCAGAGGCCGAUACAUGCGGGUAGAUUCCCUUUAUAUCAAAAGCGUUUUAUUUUCUGCCUGUUUUUCCUUUUCCUGUUUGUGACGUAGGAAUUAUGGGAAAACUUAUCCCUGACCUGUCAAUCUGCCAAUUAACGGUUGUAUUUUUUUGCAUUUUCAUUUUCAUUUUUAAAACAGUAAUACGGAUACACAUGAACCACACAAGAAUAAUUCAGAAAAUCCAUUUACGUCAUUGAAAAUAUUGCAGGCGCUACCAAAGUCUUUCAAUUUACUAUGACAUACACCACAAGUCUUUCAAACAAAUGUCUUUCAAUAUAUUAACUUUAUGUUUUGCAUUGUCACUGUCAGUUUACAUGUUAAACUUAAAGUGAAGUCCAUGUAACUUUAUAUGUGUGCGUUAUACCAGUUAGUUUUAAUUGUUAUGCUUUUAUUUAAAAGUGAAGUAUUUAGAAAAAAAUGUCUUUCAAUAUAAUAACUUUUGUUUUUGAAUUAUAACUGUUUGUUUAUGUGUUAUACUUUAAGUGAAGUCUUUCAAACAAUAUGUCUUUCCAUAUAUUAUAUUUUUUGCAUUGCUACUAUGUGUUUAUAUGGUAUUCUUUAUGCGAAGUCUUUCAAUAUAGUAACUUAUAUUGUUGCUAUAAAUAACUGUUAGUUUAUAUGUUAUACUUUAAGUGAAGUUUUUCAAACAAAUGUCUUUCAAUUUAUUAUUAACUUGUACUUUGCAUUUUUA